AUGUGCCCAAAAUCCUUAAUGAAUAACUUAGUGAGAGGCAAGGGCAAAUGCUGCCCCAGCUGUUUCCUGUUGAGAAUGUCUCUGUAAUGUAGACAAAUGUGAGGGAUUUUCUCGCUAAAUCCGUCUCCUGUUCGCUAAAUCUCACUUCUCCAAAACGAGCCUGCGCAAUGGAACAAAGUCGGAAUAUUGAGAUGUGACAUUGCCCGCAUCUCGUCCUCUUUCUCGCUGUUUUUAAUGACUUCAAACAAGUUCAUUUUUGCUGGGCUUUGUCGCGCGGAGACCCGUGGGGAUGUCUAACGGUCAUUUUUCUCACUGGCAUCUGUGUGAUGUCUUCAAGUGUACCAUGUGCUGUCUCUCCUGCACGCAUACUUUGUCGCUGGUGCUCUGCGUCUUGAGCCUGACCCCGGCGUCGGUGGAGGCGGGCCCGACCCCCGAGACCCUGUGCGGGGCGGAGUUGGUGGACACGCUGCAGUUUGUGUGCGGAGAGAGAGGCUUUUAUUUCAGCAAACCCACGGGUUACGGGCCCAACUCGAGGCGGACACACAACCGUGGGAUAGUGGACGAGUGCUGCUUCCAGAGCUGUGAGCUGCGGCGGCUGGAGAUGUACUGCGCUCCGGUCAAGACGGGCAAAGCCGCGCGCUCGCUACGCUCACAGCGCCACACUGACCUCCCUAGAACAGCCAAGAAGCCCAUGUCUGGCCACAGUACAUCCUGCAAGGAUGUCCAUCAAAAGAACUCCAGUCGAGGGAACGGCGGAGGGAGGAACUACAGAAUGUAGAACCGCCAGGGGCCAGCCAGAGAGAGGAAGAGGAAGAGGAAGAGGAAACUGGCAGUCAUGUGGACUUGGGAGACAGAAAAACAAACAAACAAACAAACAAACAAAAAAGGGUGGCGACUGUUGUGGCCUCGAGGCUUGGCAUGGUCCACAUCACAUGUUAAACGCGAGGGACAUGAACGAAACGAAAACUUAGAGAUUGUAUUGUAAGGCCAGUGGGUAAAUCUGUCCACCAAACAACAACAAUAAUAACAACAACACAAAUAAACAAACAAACAAACAAAAAAAGAUUGCACAUUGCACCGUAACCAUAGCAACUCGCUAAACCAAAUAGGAGAGAGGGGAGUAGUUCUGUGUGAGGACAGUGGGUUCUCAGUAAACUUAAAGAAAGCUGGUGUCCAGUUUAGAGUCAGGAACUGGAUGCAGCGCCGUCGAUGCCUCCUGUUCAAUGAACUCCCUGGAGUUUCCAUUCACCCUGAGGCUCAGCCAAUGGCGGGCCAGCAAAGGCUUCCUCCGUUAGCUCAUUGGACUGCAUUCUCCUUCAACCACUCCCCCAUCAAAGCCACAUACACUUAGUUUAGUCAGUUAUCAUUUAUUUUGUUUGUCAAAUUGAGUACUAAACUUAAGCACGUCACACCAUAUGUCACAAAAGAGCAUUUCUAUUUGGGUCAGCUGUGAUGAAGACAUCAUUAAUGGACAGUAGCAUCUUUCACAGUUCUCUUGUGUUCUAGUUUUUCAGCUUUGCACUGAGAGUUGCGCAGGACAUUUUGCUUGUAUUUGUUAUGUUGUCAUUGCUGUUAUCAUAGAUACCACAAAUGGUCUGCGCCCAAGGCCUUCACACACACACACACACACACACACACACACACAGACACAGACACAGACACAGACACAGACACAGACACACACACACACACACACACACACACACACACACACACACACACACACACACACAUACACACCCUUGACUGAUCUAGACAGAAUGGGGAUGAGGUAUAAGGACUGUCUACCUAUGGCUGUCUCCGGCUACACGUGUUAUUGCUUAUGAAUCAACAUACACCACUGAAGGCUAGCAAGAUGACCAGCUCAUCUUUUAGGAAGAGGCUUACGGGAGGUUUCUAAAUGUGUCUAAAGAGCACUAGCCUUGCCUAGUCUAGCUUGUCUCUAAGAAGGAGGCUUACGGGAGGUCCCUCAAUGUGUCUACAGAGCACUAGCCAAGCCUAGCUCAUCUCUUAGAAGGAGGCUUAUGAGAGGUCACUAAAAGUUUCUAAAGAGCAUUAGCUUAGCUUAGCCUAGCCUAGCCACAAAUAACGAUUUACUCUGGGACUGGUUCUUGCCCAGACAUGGAUUACAUUCUGAGUUCUGAUUCUGAGCUUGAUGAAGGUUUGAUUCUGGAACAGACCCAGGCCCAGAGUUAAUCUUAAAGCUCUUGACAAGGCUAUAUUUGGGGCCUUUUACACAGAAACCAGACAGGAUAGGUUGAAAAACGAGCCUCUCAGAAUCACAUCGUUAAUGAUUGACUUGACUUGGCUUGACUUCCGUUGUUUUUGUUAGCUCAAGAGAUGGACCUUUGCUUCUUUUCUAAUAAUUCUGACUGCAUGGUUUUCAUUUUAUGAAAAGGCGAAAAGGGAAAAAAAACAGGAGGAAAGAAAAUGAGUGGGAACUGAGAAGAACGUCCACACCAAAGUGCAUACAUCAAUCUACCGCCUGAGCACGUCAACUUCAAAGUCAGGAUACACACAAAACAGGCACACACACACACACACACACACACACACACACACACACACACACACACACACACUUACACAUCAACUAACCAAAUAUAUAGCAUAUCUGAGAUUCACAUCAGAGAUUCACACUGGUAAGCAAGCAUAACAAGCUGGCAUUUUGUGAGUCACCUUAACAACACCGGUUGUAGUCCUCAAACUAACACACGCAUCACCACAACAGACAGGCCUGUCAGUCCCCCAGAGUCCUCACAAACACACAAUAUCAGAAUCUGUGUUUUUCGUACCCAUGUAUGUAAUCAAACCCAGUACUAGCAUUUAUGUUAGCCUAAUGCAUUCUUCCACCAUCAUAAUAAGUGAUGGCCUCAUAUAGCAGAAACCAUAUUAAGAAAUCUUAUUCACUGUAUAAUGGUGCUAUUUUGUAGUUUGUUACUUGCGAGGGUUGGCUAAAAAAGAAAAACAGAAAAAAAAACAGAAAGUGCUUGGAGGCUAAACAGAUUGUUUUAGGUCGUCCCUUUUGCACAGCCUUCAGGCCACCAUUUUCAUAGUGUGUUUUUAUUUUUAAUGGUAAGCUAGUUCAAUAAGGUUGUCGUAUAAGAAGGCAAAAAUGUAUUUGUGUGACAUCUGUGAAUGCAUGGAGAAAAAAAAAAACAUUAUGUUGUGAUCCCAAGAAAGGCUAAUUGCUAUUUUUUCUACGGUUUUUAAAUUAUAUUUAUUGUUUUGAUGAAUGAAAAUUCCCUAGAGCUCCUUAUGCCAAAUGUAGUGAGUGACAGAGAGCACUGUGAACUAUGUUCCUUGAGGUGAAGACAUUGUGGUCUCUUCCAAUGAGUGUGCUUUGUAAACAACACCACUUGCUAAGAUGUCUAAGACUAUUAUUUCUUCUGUAUAACCACACUUCUUGUUUUGUCAAAUUGCAUAUUUGUUUGAACAUGCAGCAAUCCAGUACAUUGUAAUUACAGAGUAUUUAUGAAAGAAAACAUGGUACAACAUGCAUUAGCAACUCAAACCUUCAGUUCGGCAUGAGAUUUCAGUGAUUUAACGAGACCAGCCAAAGAUGAUAAAAAAUCUUAAUUUCAGUUGUCUCUGUUUACAAAUCAGUGUAGAAUUAUCAGCAUUCAGUUCUAUUCCAUUGACAUCAUUUAGUUCAACUGCUAUGGCAUAAAGUAGCAUUGUCUCCAAGGCUCUCAGACACCAAGACUGAAAGAGGCCACAUCUCUGUGUGUAGGGUACUCGACCCUAACUUCAGCACAUUGUUCUAAGUACUGUUCUGAGACGUUACCAAAGAUGAAGACAAAGAUACUGGAAUACUAACAGAAAAUUCUGGAAUUACUAACCUCAAUCCUGUCUGAUGAGAAUGUGUCACACAGCCUUCAUUAGUGUUCCAGUCACAAAAAAAAAUAAUGGAUCACAGCCACAAUGGCAAUAUUCCAUUGCUAAUCAUCUACGUAGAAUAUCUUUUUUUUUACAUGGAUGAAGUAAGCCUGCAAUAAAUGGACAGCAUGGUUAAAAACAAGAGGAAACAAACAAACAAACAGAUAUUAGCAAACACGUCUUGUGUGAAGGUUGGGCUCGUCAUGUUCACGCAGUUAAUGUUUCAGUUAAAGAGUUUUUUUUUCUUCUGUGUGAUUUAUCUUGCUGUAUGUUUUUUUUUUCCGUUUGUUUGUAACAACUCAUAUCUGUAUGUAUCAUGUCACCAAAUAAUGACACAAAACACAAAAAAAGAAAAGCAAAAAUGUAAACCGAUAUUGCUGUUUAAAUAAAAUCUGAAAACAAGUGCUUGAUUAUAUGACAACUUACACUAUUGACAAAAAAGAACAAGACUGUGGCAAUUAGGAGGCUAAUCAUGAGAAUAGGAUGUUUGGUUGAAGGACUGUCAUUACUGGUGCUCGGCUGCCUUCUGUAGAAAUGAUUCAAAAAUAAAUGACAGAUUGUUCACCACUCCUGCUGAAUAAACCA